UCGCUUUCAUCUUUGACACUUAUUGUUAGCGCGGCAGUGAAACUGCAGGACAGGUAGAGCAGGUGACGAAGUGUCAGGUUUCAGUGUUGACUGGUGGGUCGGAGAGUCAAAACGCACCAUGUCCGCUGUAAGCACUUUUGCAUUUUAAAUACUCAGCAAACUGGUAACGUACCGUGCAGCCAUGGCACCCAAAAAUGACAGCUUGUCCCACUGUAAGGUGGCCCUGGUGUUUGCUGUGCUGAUGGACCUGUUGGGUGUGAUAUCCUUGCUGCUGGGGGUCUUUGCUCAACUAGAGAUCCAAGGCAGAGACUUUGGGGAUCUGCUGGUGUACACAGGAGCCCUGCUGAUGCUAAUGUCCCUGGCAGGCUGGGUCAUGUGGUACAGCGGCAAUAUUGAGGGUCUGACCUCCAAAAUGGAGUUGGGGGGAACUGUGGGUGGAGCUGUGGACCGCAUUGCCCACUCCCUGAGUCGCAGGAUACGGAUCCCGAGGACUCACAGCAGCCCAACAUAGGAGGUGGAACCCAAAGAUACCAACGACUAACUGACUGACUUAGGCUGUUGUUACAUGAAGGGCUGUCCUUAACCAGGCGGCAGCCAAACUGCCUGAGGCAAAGGAGUGUCAUUGUUGGUUGUAAUUCUAUUCAUUCCUCUUGUGGAUUUCACACCACCUCGUUCUCAUGAAGAAAACUGUCAUGUGUCAUCUGUUGUUUUUUCAUGGAGGAAAACUGGGAGAAUUUGUAUCCUCUCUGCUUAAGAAGUUGUAUGUGGAGUACACUCAGGAUUCUAAUGUAAUAUGACACUACUAUACUAUACUUCCAUUAUAUUAAGAUUAAAAAGAAAUCUGCAGUAUUA